AUGAAUGCUAUUGAAAAAUUAGACAAAAUUUUACGACGUCUAAGUAGCAAAAGUCGCCGUGCUACUACGAGACGUGUGAACUGUCAUCCAGAAGUUUCUAGCUCAUGCAGUGAUGAAGAUGAUUUAGCAGAACAACAAACGGAUUCCUCAAAAAAUGACCGUAAAAGUGGCAAUAGCCGUCGGAUACAUUUGAAGCCAAUAAUACCAACCAUUCAAGGAAUGAUAGCAACAGCAACAAGGCGAUCCUCAGAAGAACUGGAAAGGACAUAUAAUCUGCAGCAGCAACAACAACAACAACAACAAUUGCAGUACGUCCAGCAAAAGCCAGAAGAGGAUGAACAUCCGAAGACUGCGGAGACUCAUGAUGGCCAAAUGUUAAGUGUUGACAACUGCGACACUUUCAGAUCACUACUUUCGCCCUCCAGGUUACCAGCUACUCGGAUGCUGGCAGAUGAUUUAGUAACUCAGACUGUGGCAGGCUCUACCACUCACGACAAAUCAUGUGAAUCCGAAGAUGUCGAUUAUGUAUCCGAUUAUUCUACCUAUGGAGUACAGCGAAGUGUAACACGGAAAUCCGUUUAUGAAUUAGAUAUGUCUAUGGAUGAAUCUUUGCCAGAAUCAUGCGGGCGUGAAAGUGGCUACUUGUCCGGAAUUGAUGUACGCUACAGUAUAUCAGCUGCUGAAUCACCUGCUUUAUCACCUCUUGGUGUAGCUUUUUUUCGAGCUCAACCGUUGUUUCAACGUACGCUAGGAGCGAUCACGCAGCAGUCUUUUGAUAGUGAAGAAUUGCAAAAGAACGAAAAAGGUAAUCUGAAAGUGAUUGCCAUUCCACAACAAAUUGGCAAUACAAAGGAUCUGAAGCUUCAGGAUGAGGAAGCCAAAAUACCGGAUUAUAUGAGUACUGAAAAGCUACUCCGGGAUAGUAUUGCGGAAACGAAAUACAUAACAACUAUUUUUGAGCUUUCGUCGGGUGGUAUCGUUGGUUUAAUUGAUGAUGUCCUCAACGAAUUUAGUUUGUGGUUCCAUGAAGAGAUUAGCCUCUUAGGAAUUGCAUGUGAGGUGCAGUGGUCGGUACCGGAGAAACACCGUCAUCUUGCAUCCGAGAAAAGAAUGAAGGAAGCUCUUCAUCAUUCACUCCGGCAAAACAAUCGCCGUGUGUUAAACAUGAAAAGUAGAACUGGUAACUAUCAUUUGCCGUUAACGAUGAUAUCAGCUAUAACAGAGGAAAAUUGUGCACGCGAUUGUCAGUUAAAUUGCUUUCAAGGUGUUUAUCGUCGUUUCUACACAUCAUUAUUGCCGUAUCAACACACAGACACAAGUGUAUGGCAUAGUCCGUAUUGGAAUUUACGUGAUAUCAAUCAAUCAAAUCCACAAAAGCCAAAUCCGGAACAGUUCAUUUUUGGACGUGAUGCGACCAAACUUGAUGUCGGCAGUUUGCUAAAAGUAAAAGCAGAAAAUGCUGUGGAAAUGGACAAAACAGCAACACGUCUGUUGCGAAUUGAAGUUAAAGAUAUCAACGACAAUUUGCCAAUCUUUUCGGAAAUUCACAGUUCAGUACCUUUAGUGUUUGUGAUUCAACCAGGUAAUACAACUAUUGGACGAUUGAAAGCAGUGGAUAUAGAUGAUGCGCCGUAUAAUUCCAUAUAUUACUACAUGUUACCUAGUUGUACAAAUCGAGAUGGAAUAUUCACUAUUGACAAACAAACUGGUAUUGUUUCGGUGACAAAUCCCAAUGAUCUCAAAUAUGAUGAAUAUCAUUUAUGCGUCUUAGCCAGUGCUUACAAUAUGUCAAAGACACCGAAAAUAUCAUUUGACAGUAGUAAUGCAAGUAUGAUUGCAUUUACGGUACGAACGGAAACAAAUAGCGUUGUAGAGCAAGCAAAUAAAAUGAAAUAUCAUUUUCAAAACAAUACUGUUAGUGUAUUUGGAAUUGAUUCCGAAUUAACCAUACCAGUGACUCGAUUGAAAACACAUCAACCAAUUAUUACAUAUCAAUUUGGAUCAGUGCACUUCACACCUGCCGAAAAUGAAGAUGCACCAUCGGAAUCAGCGCCAUUCUUCUCGGUCGAUCCAGUAUCAGGUGAUAUUCGUGUUGAUCCUAUGAUUGGUGAUUAUGCGGAAGGUGUGUUUACAUUUGAUAUUGUUGCUACUCAACAACGAACAGCUACAGAAUCCAUACAAAUUGCACAUAUUGUUAAACAGGUACAUAACGUGAAACUUCCAUCGUUGUUGAAAUUUAUCUUCGAUCAAAAUGUUCAUCUUCUAGGAUUGAAUCUUGAGGAUUUCAAGCAACAUUUACAUAAUGCAUUAAAAAUGGAACCGACAAUGUCCGACAUUUCCGUCAUUUUUGGCACACCUCAUGUUUACGAAUCAGCAGGAAGAAACAGGUCAUCGGUAUGCUUUCAUUCCUUACGUAACGGAAUAAUCCUUGGACAAGAAAGUGCCAUUUCGAUACUUUCUGCAACGUUAAAUGGUGGUGGCACGCUAUCACGUCUUUAUCAAGUAUUCAAAGUAGCUAAUAUAGAGCCAUGCAUUGAGCCAACUCGUACAUUAUCAUCUGGCCUAAUGAUAUCACGCUCGGCAUUAUUUUGGGUCGGCUUAUCACUUGUUGGCAUCCUAAUAUUACUAUCAUUUUGUAUUUACACCUGUUUUAUCAUCCGAUACAAAAACUAUUUGAAUAUGAAGAAAGCAUCGUUAGAUGAGACAUCGUCAUCCACCAUAUCGAUCAAACAAAUACCUUCUGUGCAAUUUUACAGCAUCACUAAUCUACCAGCAAUGGAUUAUUAA